AUGUAUUACACUAAUCCGAAUGCAGAAAAAUCACGUUUACCCCCACCAGAUUUUAGCAAAGUUAUUGACUUUGAUAAUUUAGAAAAUUGCUUAGAUGAAAUUAAAAAUAAAGUGAUUGAAGUAGAAUUAGCUACUGAUUUAGGUGAAGAAUACGAAAAUUUGUUUGGAAAAUGUAAGGAUGGUGCAUACAUUGAAAGAAAAAAGGCAUAUUUAUUUAAAGAUUUACCAGGAUUUAUAUUUAUUCCUAAUCCAUUUACACCAGAUGCUCAAAAACAUGUAAUCAAACGAUGUCUAAAAGAUUUUACAAAACAUCCAAAUAUUUCUAAUCUUGAUACUCAUUAUGUUUUACCUAAACAAGGAAUUUGGGAACUUUACGAAAAGGUUUUCAACAAUAUAUUGGAUGAAAACGAUAAAGAAUGUUUCAUUCCAUUAAAGGCCUCUUCAAUCAAUAAAAAUAAUAACGUAAGAUAUGUAGACGAUGAUGAAGAUUCAAUUUUAAUAACAGACCCUUCAUUAGAAUCCACAAAAUCUACCACCACCAAUGAAAAAAAACCAGAUCCUUCACCAUCUUCCACUGUUUCUAUACUACCACCAUCUCAAUUAAUCCGUAAAUUAAGAUGGAUUACACUGGGAUAUCAAUACCAUUGGUCUACAAAAACUUAUCAUUUUGAUCGUCGAUUUGAAUUUCCUCAAGAUAUUGGCGAUUUAACAACUGCAGUGGUAAAAGCAAUCGAUGGACUUGGUUUUCCAGAUGAUAGUUUUAUUCACAAGUAUGAUGUGACAAAAUGGAAACCAGAAGCUGGUGUAGUUAAUUAUUACCAACUUAAAGAUAAUUUAAUGGCACAUGUUGAUCGAAGUGAAAUAAAUAUGGAUGCUCCUUUAAUAUCUUUUAGCUUUGGACAUUCAUGUAUUUUUUUAAUUGGAGGUCCAACGCGUGACACACCUCCUUUUGCAAUAUAUUUGCGUAGUGGAGACAUUUCAAUAAUGUGUGGACCUAUUCGAGGAUGUUUUCAUGGUGUUCCGCGAAUUCUCGAAGGAACCCUUCCAACAUAUCUUGCAUCUAACAAUUCAGAAGAUCCAGAAUGGGAUAUUUAUGGUGAUUUUAUGUCAACAACACGACGUCCUGCUUUAUAUGUGGCUUAUAGAUUGCCAGAUACGGUUAAUUCUUAA